AUGGCUACCAACUUCUGGUCCACCGGCAGGAAGAUCGUGGCAGUGGGGAAGAACUAUCAGAAGCACAUCGAAGAGAUGGCCCAGAUAGGUAGCAAGAAAGAUGAGAAAUUCCUCUCCGAGGGUGCCAAAACUCCGGUGCUUUUUCUGAAGCCGACGAGCUCCUACUUGCCUUUGGGCAGUGGUCCAAUACGUCUUCCAAGAAACAUUGGACCGAUCCACCACGAGGUCGAACUAGGCAUCGUCAUCGGUCAGAAGUGCAAGCGCGUGAAGGAGUCUGAGGCCCUCAGUGUGAUUGCAGGCUACUGCUUGGCCUUGGACCUCACGGCAAGGGAUCUGCAGCUUGCGGCCAAGGAGAAAGGAAUGCCGUGGAGCGUGGCGAAGGGCUACGACCACUUUACGCCCGUUGGCGCCUUCGUGGACAAGAUGCAUGUGCUGGACCCGCACAACCUGGAGCUCUUUUGCCAGGUGAAUGGCGUGGAGAGGCAGCGAGGCAACACCAAGGACAUGGUUUUCAGAAUCCCAAGCUUGAUCUCGUACAUUAGCUCCAUCUUCACGUUGGAGUGCGGCGACGUUAUUCUGACUGGCACGCCAGAAGGCGUUGGACCUAUCCAGGCCGGCGACAAGGUUGUCGCUGGCAUCUGUGAUCUACCUGAAGCAGGGCUUCAGUUUGAUGUCGAGAAUGAGCCGGAAUGA